AGAAACAACUUAUAUUUUCCACCCUCAAACUCCUAGCCGCUACUCAACCAAGAUGGCCAACCUAGCUACAAAUUCCACUACUUUAACACGUCCGAUCCCCGAGCCCUCACGGGGAUUCGAUGGCCAACCGCAAAAACCGACCCAGAGGGGCCCCUAUAAUGAUUGGGAAACUAUUGGUGGGCACCGGCGCUUCUACAAUGAACAGGAUUACUUUUACCCAGCCCGCAAUCUUUCGAGGGAAAAGAUAAAGCAAAGAGAACUAUUCGAUGUCGUGUUUUUUAAGUAUUCAUUAUCCCUAGAUCCGCCGAGCCCAGAGGAUAGAGGUAAUAGCGAUGAGGAGGCCAGCCCUUCCUCAGGGGACUUUAGUUCAGUGGAUGAUAAAUUCUUUCAAGUGUCGAAGGACCAGUUCAUGGAGUGCGACCAAUUUGACCAUAUAUUUAAUCCUGUCGUGAAAUCUCGGCGGCACUUAGGUAUCAUGUAAGUUGUCCCCCAAUGCUCUACUCUCUCAUUACCUAUAUGGUCUGGAACAAUCAGGUGUUUGAUACACCUUGGGCGAUUCUAUGGGGUCGAAUUUAUCCUCUACGUGCUAAUGUUUGAGGGGGUUUUUCUUUCAAGCGACUUCCCCCAAUGUUAUGAUACAAGUGUAAGUUGUUGUGUGGUGCAACAGUGCUUUCACCUUCCCAAACAAUUGCUUACUUGAAGUAGGAGGUGGCUCUACUAGACUCGAUGGCAUAUAGGCUUCGCCUUCUAAGUGAUGCCGAACUUGAUUUCUGGGUCUCACACAAAGAAAGUGUUCUAGCGCUGCCUGGUGAUGGGUAUUUUAGAACAGGUAUUUUAUUCUCGGUACCUCUCGAGAGACUAUUGGGCUUGGGCACGCCACCUUCGUCGGAAGAUAGAUUCACCCUUUUCGUAUCUUUCCCGUAUUUAGGCAAUUCCGCCAUUGGGUUUCGGCCGGGGUUUAGAAGCGAGAGUGUGGGGCUCCUAGAUUUCAAGACCCUAGGAGUUAGACCUCUUGACCGCGGAGAUGUGAGGAGUGAGGGGGAGAGAGAUGAUAUAAGGGAGAUAGUGGUGCAUCAAGCAAGAUAUAUGAUAAUCGAUAACUGUAAGAAAUACCUUUUUACCUGAUCUUGGCCCAAGGAUCUUUACUAAGUAAUUUCGAAGAUACAAUGGUGACGUUCAGAUCCAAGGAGGACAGUGCCAAAGAUGAAGUACCGCUUUACCGUUUUCAGGGGCGCAUCUGUGCCUUUCAUGCAAUGAUUCAAAUGAUUUCCAACCAUACCGAUUCUGAAUCAAGGGUAAUGGAGAAGCUUCAAUCCUCGUUGUGGAAACUUGUCAGUCUAUUUUCCUCUUUGACGGUGAAAUCUAGUAUUAAUUUCUGAGGCCUAUCAGGACCAAAUUAUAGCAGAUGAAAAAUGCUACGAGAGUGAGCAAAAGAGGAACAGAACUCUCGACGUUGGCUCCCAAGGGCCGGAAUUACCGCCGGAUCUCGCCCGGGAGGAGAAACAGAGACUGAAGGAGGGUUAUAAGAAAGCCCAGCAGAAAUCGUUUAGCAAGGAACAGGGGAGAGGCCAGGACCUCAUCUCCUUUAACAAACUUUUAGUAGGUCUAUUCGCUGUUAUCAGCGUGGCUGAAAGACAGAUUGAGAUUCUCCAAGAUAUUCGCAGGGUUUUCUCCGCAACGUACCCUACGUCAAACAAAGCCCACCAAACGGGACACCCACGUCCACAGAACGCCCUCUACGGGAAUGCUGCCCUAAUCCCUGCUCUUCCCGAAUGUACCAAAGACGAGCGGCCGGAUACCUUGGACAUCAUCGACAAGAUAGUUCGGGAGAGAAAAUCAGUGAUCGCGCACAUCCGUAGGUUGGUAGGAAAUAUGGAUAUCAAGAGAAAAAUUGUAUAAUGCUUAUCUAAAAUUAUAUAACGAGUACUAACGACUCGAUAGCUUGUUGAUAUGAGUACGAAGGGUACACUUGAGCGUCAGUCACAGACGCUAUCUAUCUUCACUGUCGUGACCACAGCGUUUCUUCCCCUAAGCUUUUGUACCUCGGUAUGUUACCUGCCACCCACGAUAUGAGUAUCCUCUGACAGGAAGCCCUAUUAGUAUUUCGGCAUGAACAACAUAAAGGAAUUCAAUACGAGUCCUAUAUCCCGACGCGAUUUCUGGUCGAUCACAGGGCCAACGUGUGCCGGAAUAAUACUGCUGACAAUAAUAAUCAUCUUCUGGCAACAUCAGGUGGGGAAGAAAUUUACCGCGUACGGCAGAAAGAUAUUCGCUCCAUCUGCGGGUGGGUUAAAUUCUUCCAAGCGGAGAAUGUUUGAUCUCGAGAAUCAGGUGGUACAAAUCGUGGCCCCCCGUGGGCACAAUCCCAUGGCCACUCAACCGGAUGGGAACACUGUCCGGGCGCCAGAGGGUCUGAUCGUCAAAAUCUGCUCUGCUAUUAAAUCAGCAUCAACAUCAAUCAUCACUCCCCAAAAACGGAAGGGCUGAGGAAGGUGGGAGAGCGGCAAGUAACCCAAUAGCUAAGCUCUGUCUACGCCGUGUAGGGAGUAGUGGAAAUUUUAUGAUUAAAGAGCCCAAGGACUGGGAGAAGGAGAAAUCCGUUUUUUUUUUCAAUGCCUAUUUUCAUAUGUUAGUUUUCUAUUUUGGUUUUAGCGGUUGUUG